AUGAUCGACGGAUAUGAAAUGCGGAGGAUCUACCGGUGCUUCCCCGGGCUUAAUGUUGCCCGCAUAGUUAUCUCAGCGCUAUCGGUAAUCUUUGCGGCGGCCCUUGCCGGUCUUUCAACAGCACAAAUUGGACCUCUCUUCCCAAUCACCGCCUCCGGAGCCGCCCCUGUGAAAUUCACAAAGACCAAUAACUAUGAUUUCCAGCACCCGGGGAUCCUCCACUCCCAUGACGACCUCGAGCGUAUACGCGAGAAGGUAGUUUCCAACACCGAGCCAUGGAAAUCCUACUUCACAAUCUUCUCCAAUUUGACCUCCGCGAGCUAUAACUAUGUCAUGACUACACCCCGCCAAAACGUGUCCCGAAACAGCAUUACACAAGGAACCACAAACAGUGGAUUUGAGCGGGACGCGACCGCUGCGUACCACAAUGCCCUUAUGUGGUACAUUACCCGUGAUGAGCGACAUGCGAAUAAGUCUGCCGAGAUCCUUAAUCUUUGGGGCACUACCCUCAAGAUAUACGAUGGCUUGGAUGCAAAUCUGGGUGUUGCAGAGGGCGGUAUGAGGAUGGUGAAUGCGGCCGAGAUCCUCCGUCAUGAGUAUGGCUGGGUUGAAACGGGGAUGAAAUGGCAGGGGACAUCAGGUUUCUCUGGUAUGGUUUAUCGCGCCCUUGCACCAGCGGUCACGGCGCCCGGGCAGGCCAAUUAUGGAAUGGCGAGCAUUUUGGCGUUGCUCGGUAUUGCUGUAUAUCUUGAGGAUGUGGUGAUGUAUAAUUAUGCCCUAAAUGAGUACCAGAAUGGUGUAUGUGGUGGACUUGUUGGCACAGUCAACCCCACCACUGGACAGAACUCGGAGAGUGGUCGUGAUCAAGGCCAUGCAUGGGGAGGUAUUGGUAACCUUGCAAUCGCUAGUCAAACUGUGCUCAAUCAAGGCGGUGACCUUUAUGGACUUCAGGACGACCUCAUGCUCAAAGGUACAGAGUAUCUUUCCAAAUUCAACCUCAAUGGAACGGUCCCGUAUGAUCCUAAGUAUGCGCGAUGUGAAAGUAUCCUCGUUGGCGGCCCUUGGCCAGAAAAUUCCCGUAUUAACCAGAGGGUGGAAGCUUGGGUUUUGACAAUGGUGUAUAAUCAUUUUAUAAAGCUCAAGAGAAGAACGGCGAGAUGGACAGAAAAAGCCUUUAAUUCCGUCAGCGUGAGCGCUGACACUGCUGUAUACUAUUUAGCGUUUACUAGAUAG